AUGAGAAGGCCAAUAUUUUAAGAUAAUUAAACUAGUUUAGAUUAAAAAAAAGUAAAUGAAAGUUAUAGUCUCGCAUAGCAGUCUAGUCAAAGAACAACUUUCAGAGAAUUAAAUUCAUCAGAAAUUCGCCAUUAACCUUUCGUUUAUGCCUCAGAUUUUGUAAAACCAGCUUUAGGAGAUACAAAUGCGAGGGAUAGAGAUUUAGUUGCAGAUGAUUUGAGUCAAGAAGAUGUAAAAUCAAAUAAUUUAGAAAGCUACCAAGGAUCUUUUUUUUAUGAGAUAAAAAUGUCUAAAGAUAAGAAUUUUCAGAGUCAUUAAAAUUCAAUUUUUCACUCACGCUAUAAUGUCAACUCAAACACCUAAAGUUAGUCUAUUUUAGACUAAAUCUAAUUGAAUUAAUAACACUAAAGUCCUUAAAGUUAAGUAACAAAUUCAUAAGUAAUAAAAGAAACAGAGGAAGUUAGAAAUACAUAAUCUAUAAGGAUGAAUGAUAAUGCCUCACGAUAAACACCAAAUAGAAAAAAAACAUCUUUUCCUAAAGUGAGCUCUAAAAAGCUUACAAAAUAUGGCGAGAAUGCAAGAAAGAGUAAUUUAUUUACUGAACUUUAGUUGCUAAAAUUGUAAUCAGAAGAUAAAUCUGUAGUUAAUAUUACUAGAAAAAGUAAUUAAAUCAUGGAUAUAGGUUUAGGAGGAAAAUUUAUAUAAAAGGCUUAUCUAGUUUAUAAUUUUAUAUCAAAAUUGAAAAAAAACUGUGGAUUUUAUAGACCAGAUACUUUAAAUGAUAAUUAAAGAAAGCUGAUUGGUGAUCUUUCAAACAUAAAUACACCAGCUUAAAAUCUAUGGCCUAAUAAACAAACUGAUACCGAAGAAUCCUUAGACAUCAAAAGACAAAGCUAAAAUAUUAAAAAUUAAUCAAUGAGAAGCGGUAAUCUUUUAAAUAUAAGAAAGCACGGUAGUACUGCAUUUAUAGCUAAUCACAUCAACUCAAUUUAUAGCUUAGCUCAAAGAAGCUCAUUUUUUCAAAAAGUCUGCGAAAUUCCCACGUUCAGCCCUCAUUCUAAAAUUUUAGAUGUUUUUGAAAUCAUUUAAGUAGUUAUGUCUCUACUCUGUAUAGUCUAUUUACCAAUUGAAGUCGCAGUCAAAUAAACCUUUUACGAUCUUUAUGGUUAUAAAUGGGAAUGGUUCAUUUUGUCUUCUAUCGUCUUUUUUGUUUUGGGAUUACUUCUAAAUUUUAACAGAGGCUUUUAUGAUAAAGGGUUGAUUGUUAUGAAUAGAAGAGCAAUCGCAAAACUUUAUCUAAAAACUGGAUUCUUAUACGAUUUUUUGAGCAUGGUACCAUUAGUUUUGAGCUAUCUAGGUGUGACAGGAUAUUUAUAAUUUAUAAAUAUAUUUGUUUUCUUGAGACUUAAAAAUAUUAUGCAUUUUUUUUAGAAGUGUAACUCUAAAUUUACAUCUAAUAAUUGGGUUAAUUUAAUAGUUUUGCUAAAAUUAACAAGGAUUAUUUUAACUAUUCUUUUCUAAGCACAUAUAUUUGCAUGUUUAUUUUUAGGCCUUUACAUUCAUAUUGACAGCAAAGUCAACUGGGUUACCCGUUAUAAUAGUUCACCUGUUUAAUUAGAAGGUGAUUGGUUCAUUAAAUAUAUUUAUGCAUUUUACUGGGCGAUUACCACAAUGACAACAGUCGGCUUGGGAGAUCUAGCUCCUGCUAAUACCAUCGAAGUUAUUUGCUAUACAAUUUUUAUGAUGAGCGCAACUUGUAUGUUCGCGUAUUACUUCAACGCUAUAGGUAUUGUAGUACAGGAGAGAAACAAGAUUAGUAAAUAGCUUUCAAUAGAAAUGACUAAAACACUAAGGUUUCUUUAGUCAAAGUAAAUAGAACCAGAAAUUCAAUACGAAGUGAGGAGAUAUUUGCAAUAUAAAUAUAGUGCUUAAAAAAAUAUGAUCUCUUUAGAAGAAGAAAGAGAAAUACUUGAGAAACUCAAUCCAGAAAUCCAAUAAAAGGUUCUUUUUAGUGCCAAUAUAAAAAUAAUAGAAUGCUGUUAAUUUUUAAAAGACAAUUUCUCUUAUUAAUUUAUUUCUAAGCUAGCUGUAAAAGUUAAAAGUCAACACUACUUAAACGAUUAAUACAUUUACCAUGAAGGUCUUUCAUAUUACGAUGAAAGCACUGAAAAAAAAUUAUAUUUUAUAGAGAAUGGUAAGGUUUAAUUGCUUAACGAAAACUAAAUUACAGGCAAAGUGCAUUUGGCCAAUACUCUGUAAAGAGGUGAUGUUUUUGGACAAUUUGAAUUUUUUUCCAACUAAGAUUAUUCCAUGAGUGCAAAAACCAUGGAACCAGUUAAAUUACUAGUAAUAGAAUUCAAUGAAUUCUAUUAAUUAAUUAAAGAUUUCCCUACAGACUAUGAACAAUUUUGCAUGAUCAGAGAUAAAUUCUAGUUUUAAAGCAGAUAAAACCUAUAAAUUAAAUGCGAAAGCUGUGGCUCUCUCUACCAUGAUAUCCUUCAAUGUUAAAAAAUCCAUUUUGUUCCCAAUAAAGAGCUAGUUAUUUUAAAAAAUAAUUUCAGCUAACCUAUUGUCUAAAGAAAAAAGAGACCUGAUGAAGAGAGAAAUAUAUAGGUAAAUGCUCUAUGCUAAAAUUAAAUUGUAAAAUAGUCUAUUAGGGAGUAUUAAGAAGAAAAUGGAAUUGAAUUCGUAAAAGAGGAAACUCCAUUUACAAUAAAAAGAUUAAAUUUAAAUAAUGAGGAUUUUGCUAUUACUCCUACAAACCAAAAAUAUAAUGAAUUUAGUUCACAUAGACAUUAAAUAUAAAUACCUGUUUUUAAUAGUUCUUCAAAUCAAUCAAAAAGGCCGUUGUAAAAUAAUAUAUCUCAAAUGCUAGAUGAUGGGGAGCACACAAAACGAAAUUAAAACUUUGAUAACAUUGAACAUUCUAGCAUAACUUAAAAAGGAUUUGGAGACUUUAGAAAAUCACAAUUGUAAUAAGCUUAAGAUGAAGUGAAAAUAAAUGAAUAUCAAUUUAAGCAUAGCAAUCAAUUUUACAAGUUCAAGGCAAGUAAAAACAUUAAUUCGGAAGCUCUAUCUGCAACAAAAGCUGGAUAGCAUCAUAAAUAAAUAAUGAGAAAAUCUUCAUAUCUAAAUAAUAUGCCUUAAUUGCAUGAUUAAAAUCUUAAAAAAUCAUAAAUUUAGGAUGAAAUGCAGUAUAAUUUUGUGAUUUAAUCUUCACCUUUUAUCCCAGACUACACAUUUACUUCAUUAACUUCUAAAAAUGAUGUCUUUGAAACGAUGAAAGAAUUUAAUAUUUAUUUUCCUCAUAACAAUUAUUCAAAUGAGAUUAACAAGUAUAAUAGCUCUCUCAAAAAAAUUUUUAAUCAUAUAAGAAAUUAAACCUAUCAUUUGUACUUUAGGAACAAAAGAAUUUUAAUUGAUCAGUAAUUUUUAAAAAACUUAAACAGCAAUCAGGAAAUAACAUACCACUGA